AUGAUUUCUUUAGACUUUACUAACGCAUUUAAUUCCCUUCGCUAUCCAUUAGUACUUAAUUUCUUAAAAAAGCACGAAUGCCCGUCCAAUUUGUUUAACAUCAUUCAAUCUUUUUUCCAAGAUAGAAUCAUUACAUUUGUUACUCCAAAUAAACAAAACAUUAGUAAAUUAACUAAUAUUGGCUGCCCACAAGGCUCCCCUCUGAGCCCACUAAUGUGGAACAUAUUAUUAACUAGCUUACUAGAGAUAAAAUUUCACUCGCAUACUUACAUUCAGGCUUUCGCCGAUGAUGUGGUCGUGGUAGUGGCGGGGAGUUCACGCCGAGAAUUAGAAACAAGAUCAUCAGACACAUUAAACAUAAUAGGUACUUGGGCUUCACAGAACUGUCUAAAUUUUAAUUAUAAAAAAUGUCAAUACCUGUUAAUUACGAAAGGCACCUAUCUACAGAAUAGACCUCCUAUCGUAUAUUUUCAAACCCAUAGAUUACCCAUAGUUUCCCAAAUUAAAGUUCUAGGAAUAAUAUAUGAUUCACACUUAUCCUUCCUUCCCCAUCUUCAAUAUAUUAAACACAAAGUCCACACACAUAGCCAAAAUAUAUCUCGUAUAUUCUCAACCAAUUGGGGACUUUCUUCACAACAAUUAAAAGAUAUUUAUAUCCGCAGUAUAGAAAGAUAUAUCGUAUAUGGAGCGCCGGCAUGGUGGACACCCACAAAGAAUUCCCAUCUGUUAAGAACUUUAAUUUCAAUUCAACGAAUUCCUUUACUAAAAAUAGCGAAAGCAUUCUGUACAGUUUCCAAUAUUAGUCUUCCGGUGUUAUGUAAUUGCAUACCAAUAGAGAUAAUAUUAGAUAUAGAAAAUUUUAUGUUCCGAUUAUUCCAACUACAUCAUAUCUCUAAAUUUGAAAAUGUUACAAUUGAACCAAAAUAUGUAUCUUAUCCUAUAGAUCCUUGGCUAACCCACCCAGCACUUAAAUUUCAAAUUAAUUUCCAAAAAUAUAACAAAGAACUCUUAUCUUCAUUGAAAAAUACGUUGUCACUCUAUACAGACGGCUCAGUCUAUUUAGAUCAUGUAGGAGCAGCUUAUGUCAUCUUAAAACAGGAUGGAGGAAUAUUAAAGGUAGGUAAACAUAAUUUGGCCUCUCAUAAUACUAUCUUUGAUGCGGAAGCUAUAGCAAUCUUUAAAGGACUAGAAUACUCUCUUACAAUUAACGAACAUUACCAUUUAAUAGUCAUAACAGAUAGUUUAUCAGUAUUACAAGCAUUAGCAAAUGCUACAAACCGAAACUCAUUAAUUAACAACAUUAAGAGCUUAAUUCAAAAAAUUAUAGAAAAACGUGCUAUUUCCUUCUACCACGUGAAGAGUCACUCUGGGGUCAUAGGUAAUGAAUUAGCUGACCAGUUUGCUAAUUCGGCACGUAGAUAUGGUGUUUUUCACCCUCUUCCCAGAUCAAAACAAAAUGUAAAACAUAACAUUAUAAAAUUGGCAAGAAAAAAAUGGGACCAAAUUUGGCAAGAAAGGGGGCAAACCUCAGAAUUAAUAAAAUGGAUUCCGUCCAUAACUAAUAUCCCUUCUUGCUUCCCUCCUUCGUAUCAUUUAACUCAACUCCUAACUGCACACGGAAGAUUCCCUUUUUAUUUCCAUCGAUUUAAUAUUCAAGACCACACGAUAUGCCCUUGUGGAGAAUCUUGUUUAAAUAUAGAUCAUUAUCUGAAAGAAUGUCAAUUAACACAGCGAUACAGAAAAGAAUUAGAAACUCAAAACCUAACAACAAAUAAACGCUUAGCUAUGUUAAAUUCAAUAACAAAAGUUAAA